AUGGAGCAUUCAAAUAAACACCAGAAUACACUGGUCAUGCAACCCAUCAAUCAGCAUGCAUUGUUAUCAAGCCAUCAACAUCUGAACCAACAAGGCUCUGAUCUACAGAACGAUGUCUAUUCUGUAGAAUACCAAAUGCAUGAUGGACAGACUUCUACCCAUCAAUUAAAUAGCAUUCAUCAACCAUACCAUGAACAGCGUCCAGUAUACUUGGGUGGACUAUUCUUGGCAGCAAAUCUAGUGACGCUACUAUUCACUAUAAUCCCAGUUGUCAUCAAUUUUCCUAGUAUUACUUCAGACAAUCCUGGAUGGUAUGCUGGCGACGACAUCAUUCGACUAUUGGAACCCAUCAUUUCUAUGCCGCUGCAGUUCUUUAUUCUCUUGGAGAGUGCCAUCUUCAUCAAGCAUCUUGAUAAAAACAAUAGAAUCGCGAUUAUUGUUUUUAUGAUUGCUGCUGCAGUAUACCAACAAGGUGCAGGGUUUCAUUCAGCUGCUGUCAUGUUCAAGCAUUCAGUUCAAACAGCAAUAGAAGAUCCAGCAGCUACUCCUAUUCUCCCCCUUUUAACCGAUAUCAAAAGUUGGAUCCGUGAUCUUUGGGAGCAUACUAUUGCUCACUACAUGUACGCCAUUGGUGGAAUCAUUAUUUCUUUUGUGAAUGCAUACGUAUUUCGUAAUUACACUGUACCACUCUCGACUCGAAUCACUAAAAAAUACCGAUUGGUAUGGAUCUUGAACAGUAUAGUGUAUGGGUUAAUUGUGGGAUCUGUUGCAAUUCAGUUUCCUAAAGGACCAAUUGUGGCAUUGUGCUUGGUUUUAAUUUAUGGAUAUUUAAUUUUGGGUACUUAUACUUAUCGUCAUAAACGGUUGAGUCUUUCAACAUUGGGUGAAUUUCCUGUACUGCAAUCAUAUCUUGCUUCGUACACAUUGGCCCUGGUUAUCAUCAUUAUUUGGGUAGCCAAAAUGCAUGGGUUUGUUGGUCGUAAUGAACUAAAAUGA